AUGAAGAGGCAGUUUGUAAAUCUUGUGACGCGGAACUGGACGGAAGGCUUGUAUUCUGUGCGCCGCAUCGAUCCUUACCGUAAUUUCUUCUACGGUUCAGCAGAAGCAGCAGCCGUUGAAGUAGCCAAGAAGAAGGAAUCUUUCCCAGCGACGCAGAUGCAGGAGCUGCCGACCCCAAGCAUCAACUUCGAGUCGUUUCCAGCGAUGCAGAUCCAGGAGCUGCCGACCCCAAGCGUCAAGAUCGCUGCAAUAGAUGUUCCUGGAUACACCCUCGAUAUGUUCGGGCUCUUCACCCCCCGCGCCACCAGCGAAGGCAGAAUGGUGUAUGCCAAUACGAUGGGCGAUGCGGGGCUGUAUGACGCCGACAAUCGUAUCCACACCUGCCUAGGCCGCCUCAACAAGCCCAAGGGACACAGACCCAUGUGCCUAUCCGUGGCGCACCCUGACGCCGACGAAGAAGACAGAAUGUAUGUCCUGGAUUCGAACCCCAGGAAGGGCGCCCAACAAUGCUUUGAGGUCCUUGAGCGCACGCCCAGAAAAUGGAGGAUCAGCUUGUUGCCGCAAUGGCAUUGGCGACUUCUAUCCCCGCCUCCCUUUGUCCACCAACCUGGGUACCAACCAUCCUUUAUUACCUCCUUCACCACCAUGGUCGAUGGCGACGGUGUCUCCACAAUCUACAUAUCAGGCGAUGGCGGCAUCGGCACCUACAGCUUCGAGACACCGCGCCACCAGUAUAGUGAGCCUCGAGGAUGGAGUCACGUCGGGGAAUGGAUGCUGCCCUUUCGUGGUAGAGCUCAGUACGUCCCUGAGUUCAAUCUGUGGUUUGGCUUCUCAGACUUAAACCCCAACCACCUGUGUGCUACGGACCUCUCUGCCAUGUACAAUGGACAGCAGCCCACUGCGCCCAAAGUAUGGGAAGAUCUGAACCUGCCUGAGGGAGAGGCGUGGCUUCCAAAACAGCUCGAGCUUCUCCCCCUGGGUGGCGGCAAGUUUCUCAUUGCUAAGACCUUUGCAGCAGGAGAGUUAGGUGGGUACUUUUCUCUGCUCACCGGCAUAGAGAUGAUCCCUGGCGACGGUGGUGACCGACAGGCCCUUCAGAUGGUCAAGCACAAGUGUGCACGUUUUGUCUUCAUGGAUGAGGAGCUUGAGUGGGUGCUCUGA